AUGAGCCUCUUGGCGCCAAAGCCAUCCGCGGAGGCCCACGUGCCGAAAAGGCGACCGUGCUGUGAGAAAGCCUCAAAAGCGGGCGGCCCGGCACCCAAGCGCCCGCGUGUGGAGAAGCUUCCAGGGCCAUCCCGCUGCCUCCAGCCCCUGCCUCAGUGCCCUCCGGCCACGGAUGAGGGUUUGACCAUCACUCAGAUUGGCCCCUACAUCCUUCUGGAGCCCACAGAAGGUGGAUGCACCUACAGGGCUGUGAAUAGACACACCGAGGCAGAGCUGACCUGCAAGGUUUAUCCGGCGAAGAGCUACCCAGAGGUGAUGGCGCCAUACGCUGCUCUCCCCUCGCACCCCAACAUUGCCCGGGUGGCCGAGGUCAUCGUGGGAGAUCAGAAUGUCUACGUCUUUUUUGAGUCCGGGAAGGACAACAUGCACGACCUGGUGAGGCGGUGCAAGCGUGUGCCGGAGUCUGAGGCAGUUGCUCUUUUCCGACAAAUGGCCGAAGCCAUCGCUCACUGUCACCAGCACGGCAUCGUCCUCCGAGACAUCAAACUGAAGAAGUUUGUCUUCACAGAUCGAGAACGGUCCAAGUUGCUGCUGGAGAACCUGGAAGACGCCCAGGUCCUAAUGGGUUCCGAUGAUGCCUUGAUGGACAAGCACGGCUGCCCAGCUUACGUGGGUCCCGAAAUCCUGAGCUGCAAGGGCUCCUACUCUGGAAAGGCCGCUGAUAUCUGGAGCCUAGGGGUAGCUCUCUACACUCUGCUGGUGGGCUGCUACCCCUUCCAGGGCACCAAGCCCGUCUUGUUGUUUGGCAAGAUCUGUCGCGGACGUUUUACAGUCCCGGGUGACCUCUCGCCCAAGGCCCAGUGCCUUAUCCGGUGCCUCUUGAGGAGGGAUCCGGCCGAAAGGCUGACCGCCAGUGAGAUCCUGCUCCAUCCUUGGCUGGCUUCGAACCCAGUCCCCAAAGCGUUGGGGGUCAGCCCCCUUGGAGGGCAAGGACUGGAGCAAGUGGUUCCCGAAAUGGGGAGCUGCAGAAAGAAUUCGGAUAAAUUGCAGGAAGUGGAGACAUGAAAUGGCCUUGAGGGGAAGAAGGCAGUGGGGCCAUUGGAGGCCGUAUCUCUCAGCCACCUCGGAAGUGCCUUUUGCGGGGACGGAGUACCUUUCGCCUUUGCCCUU